AUGUCAAGCAAUCCCAUUACUGAUGUUUAUUUGGUGGAUGCAUCUGGUAAACCUGCACGGUCUCGAACAAGUAACCCGUUCCUAACUGUACCACACCUCCAUGGCCCGCAAGGUGAGAAAGUGCGGUUUCUUGCCAUCAUCGACAAUGGAGCAAUGAUUAACGCCAUAGAUACAGCAGCGUACCAACGAAUCGCGCGACGCCUAUCCCCGCUAAGUACAUCAACUAGAACUCUGUGCAUGGCUGACGGAUCCCUAGUUCCAUCCACCAGUGUCUGGACAGGAACGUUCACAUGGGGACCAGUACAGGUCCACAUGAAUUUCGAAGUCUUUCCAAGUGGCGGGUCAUGGCGGAUGCUCAUUGGCAAGCCGUUACUAGAGCAGGUAAGCGCAGUACAUGACUACAGUACUGACACCAUU